AUGGUGCCCUCAAUCCGCAUGGGCUUUAGAAUGGCGACGACCACCCCGUAUACGUAUAUCCAGUGCUCCUGUUCCGAUCAGCCUCCGGCCGAUGCCGGCAGAGGCUCGCCGACCGCCACUAUUCCCGAGGACGACGACCGCACAUUCGAUCCGCGAGCUCUUCGAUCAAGCUAUAGCUUGUAUCCCCUCGAAUACCUGCUUUAUUGCGAAGACUGUCAGCAAAUAAGAUGUCCGCGUUGUGUGACGGAGGAGACGGUCACGUACUUCUGCCCGAACUGCCUGUUCGAAGUUCCUAGUAGCAAUCUCCGAAGUGAAGGCAACAGGUGCACUCGAAGCUGUUAUCAGUGUCCAAACUGUGUUGGUCCUGUUCAAGUCGUUGCCGUUCCAAACGCUGCUGAGACAAAGCUACUCGGCCCCGACGGCGCAUCGAGCACCAGCACCGGCCCGUUUGCACUAAUCUGCCAAUACUGUCACUGGUCCUCCCGCGAAAUUGGUAUCGAAUUCGACCGUCACAGCGGUAUACACUCUCAAUUAUCACGAGUAAAUAACGGUGGCGAGGCAAAAAUAACCGCCAAGGAAGUGAAAGAGCGGCGCAAAGAAACACAUGACGAUACCCCGCUUCCCGACGACCUUGUCGACGCUGACUUGCAAUUUGCAAACUUGAAGUCAUUCUACCAAUCGCAGUUGGCAGAUGUAGGGUCCACGUUAGGGGGGCCAGCGACACAUGAUGCCGGCUUCUCUUCGCCUGCCGCCUUAUCACGGAUCAUGUCGCUGUACACUGGUCGCGGAGGGCAAAAGUCGCAGCAGGGUGUACCAUACGUCAUGCGAGAAGCUUUGAACACCGAUGAAGGGCUCAAGCUAGCUCAUCUCAAUGAGUCUUCCUCUGUCAAAAAACUCACUACAGGAGGCUGGGACUCCACUGUUGCAACUGAGCAGAAGGAGAAUCAGCUGGAAGGCAUCCGAUUCCAAGACGAACUGCGGCCGAUUCCAUAUCUACUUCGUACCAAGCGCUCAAAGCGAUGUCCUGCGUGCAGGCAUAUUCUCUCGAAACCAGAAAACAAAGUCACCUCUACAAGGUUCAAAAUUCGACUCGUCGCGAGAUCAUAUAUUCCGACCAUCACGAUACGGCCGCUGCAGCCAACAGCCAACCCCAUUCCAGUCACUCAUCGUCCUGGGUUGUCAGAAGAGGGUCUGUUGAAGCCGCUGCGCCCCUGUCAAUAUAUCCUCACUUUCAAAAACCCGCUAUUCGAGAACAUCAAGGUCUCAUUGGCGACUCCAAAUGUCACACCUGGCAGAUUCUCAAGCAUAGUCACCGUGCUCUGCCCACAGUUUGAAAUUGAUGCCAACACUGACAUGUGGGAUGAUGCCCUGAAAGAUGACGGCAGAGAUCGCAAUGACGGCUCCAAUCAAGUCGAGGUGGGCAAAAUUUGGGAAAGAGGCCGCAACUGGGUAAGUAUCAUCCUCGAAGUCGUCCCAGCCUCUCUGGUCAGCGACCCCAGCAAAUUGCCACUCAAGGAUGGGGAGGAUAUUUUGGAGAUUCCCAUGUUUAUAAGGAUGGAGUGGGAAUCUGAUGUGCAAAACGACAUGGGCACGCCGCUGGGCAAGGAUCGAGAUGCGCGGGAGAAGCGAGAACUAGCCUACUGGUGUGUCCUUGGAGUGGGGAAAAUUGCACAGGAGUAA